GAUGCUGGAUGGCCAGCUGUUCUCCGAGGGGCCCGACAGCCCCCGGGAGCCCCAGGAUGAGGAGUCUGGCAGCUGCCUCUGGGUGCAGAAAUCCAAGCUGCUGGUGAUCGAAGUGAAGACUAUUUCCUGUCAUUAUAGUCGCCGCGCCCCUCCUCGACAGCCCAUGGACUUCCAAGCCAGCCACUGGGCCCGAGGGCCCCAGAGCCGCACGUGUGGGCCGCGCCCGGGAUCCCCUGAGCCGCCGCCCCGCCGUCCCUGGGCCUCCAGGGUGCUGCAGGAGGCGACCAACUGGCGGGCGGGGCCCCCGGCCGAGGCCCGAGCCCGGGAGCAAGAGAAAAGGAAAGCGGCAUCGCAGGAGCGGGAGGCCAAGGAGACCGAGCGAAAAAGGCGCAAGGCUGGUGGGGCCCGAAGGAGCCCCCCCGGUCGGCCCCGCCCGGAACCUCGGAACGCCCCUCGGGUGGCCCAGCCUGUAGGGCCCCCAGCUCCCUCACGACCCGAGCGCCUGGGGCCGGCGGGGCGACCGCCCCGUCCAUCCGCGCAGCCGCAGAGCGACCCAGGGGCCGCGUGGGCGGGGCCCUGGGGAGGUAGGCGGCCAGGGCCCCCCAGCUACGAGGCUCACCUGCUGCUGAGAGGCGCAGCCGGGACAGCCCUGCGACGACGCUGGGACCGCCCGCCACCCUACGUGGCUCCACCUUCUUACGAAGGCCCCCACAGGACCUUGGGGUCUAAGCGAGGCCGCGAGCCCUCCCAGGCGCCAGCCUCAGCAGCCUCUGCUCCGACUCCGGCCAGGACAGAGGGAGGGUGCACAAAGAAGAGGCUGGAUCCUCGGAUCUACCGGGACGUCCUCGGGGCUUGGGGUCUCCGACAGGGGCGGGGUCUCUUGGGGGGAUCCCCAGGCUGUGGAACAGCCGGGCCGAGGCUGGAGUCCCGCAAGGGGGCCGCGGAGAAAAGCCUGGGGCUGGCCACUGCUGGCCUGAAUAGUGGAAGCGACGGCCAUCCCCGAGCCAAAGCUGCUGGGAGCCCAGGCACGGAGACAGCUCCUGCGGGGUUGGCCACAGCGACUCCCAGCCCCCCGCGUCCCGCUCCCAGGUCCAGGCCCCAUCUCAAGGGCUCCGGGGAAGGGAAAGAAAAUAGGGAACAGGGCUGGCUCCCCAAAUGCUGGAUUCCCUCCCUUAAAAAGCAGCCGCCCCGACAUAGCCAGACCCUCCCCAGACCCUGGGCUCCAGGAGGCACGGGAUGGAGAGAGUCCCUAGGUCAUAGAGAGGGGGCCGGACCUGAGACCUCGGAGGGUUGGAAGGGGACCCGCCGCGCCCACACCCUGCCCCGCAGUUCCCGCGGCCGUGCUCGGGGAGAAGGCGUCUUUGUCAUUGACGCCACGUGCGUGGUGAUACGGUCACAGUAUGUUCCAACCCCUCGAACCCAGCAUGUACAGCUUUUGCCCGAUGGGGUGCCGCGCGUCGUGGGGGAUGCCCCUAAUCAACCGAAGCCCGACAAGGAGGAGGGCGAGGGAGCCGCGGCCUUUCCCCCUCCUUGGCAAAAACUGCUCUUGAGCAGUCGCCUUUCACACCAGUUCGUUGGGGGGCGCGGGUUCGAAGCUGAGGGCGGGAAGCCAGCGGACUCCUCCUUGGAGGAGCGCGCCUCCCGCAUCCUGGGGCUCCCGGUUGGCGAAGUAAACCUUCAGGACGCCCCCACGCAGCCAGGUAGCCCAGAGCGCUCAGCCUCAGGCCCAGCGGCUUCAGGAGGCACGGUCAGUGCCGAGGGCUCGCAGCAAGUGGCGGCGGUCCCACGGCGCGCGGCCAGGGGCUGGGCGCGGACCCCAGGGCCCUACGCCGGGGCCCUGCGGGAAGCCGUAUCCCGCAUCCGCCGUCACACCGCCCCAGACUCGGACUCGGACGAAGCUGCGGAGCUCAGCGUCCAUAGCGGCUCUUCUGAUGGAAGCGACACAGAAGCCUCGGGCGCCUCCUGGCGAAAUGAGCCGCCCCGGCCCGGGGAAGGCGGGAAGACAGCCGAGCUGAGCGACAGUAUCCAAGAGAUUCUAGAUGUCAUCAGCCGAACGGAGGAGGCCCUCUUCCGGACGAGGGACACUAAGGGGAUCCCACAGGGAAAUAGGGAGCGGCAGUGACAGGCCCUUUCUUGUAUUUGUGUUCCCCACUUUUCCAUCCUUGGGCCCACUGGUCCUCUUUCUUCCUCACAGACUUCCUUGUACCCCCUUACCCAGAGUCGUUCCCAUACUUGAAAUAGAAGCCAUCCAAAUGAAAGGAAAGGGAACAUAUGCCAAUUCGUGAUUUCUUUCUUUUUCUUUCUUUCUUCCUCCCUCCCUCCCUCGUUUCUUUCUUUCUUUCUUUCUUUCUUUCUUUCUUUCUUUCUUUCUUUCUUUCUUUCUUUCUUUCUUUCU